AUGACAACUUUGCAAUAUACACCACUGGAUGACAUUAACUCCAUUAUUAAAACCUCCAAAGAGUUCUAUUUGAAUAGGCAAAUUCAGCUAACAAAGGAGAAGAAUCCAUUCAAAGCAGAUCUUGAAUUUCGUAUUGAACAACUAAAGAAAUUCUACAAUGCCAUUGCAACUCACGAAGAUGAAAUCAUUGACGCACUCUUUGCCGAUUAUCACAGAGCCAAACAAGAAUCCAUAGGUCUCGAAAUCAAUCCUUUACUAAACAAUAUCCUACACAUAAUUAAAAACUUACGCAAAUGGAUGAAACCUACAAAAGUAUCAGAUUGUUCACCACCAUUCAUGUUCGGAUCCAUAAAAGUGGAAAAAAUUGCAAGAGGUAACGUCCUCGUCAUCGCACCAUUCAAUUUCCCAAUCUUAUUAUCAUUAGUCCCAGUGGCUCAUGCAAUCGGUGCUGGGAAUUCCGUCGUUUUAAAACCAAGUGAACAAACUCCUCAUACAUCCAUGUUGAUUGCUAAGAUUCUCAAUCAUGCAGGGUUCCCCAAAGGGUUGGUCCAAAUCGUACAAGGUAGCAUUGAUGAGACUAGCAAAUUGAUCAAGUCUAAAGAUUUCAGUAUGAUGUUCUAUACCGGAUCACCUAAAGUUGGCUCCAUAGUGGCUCAAGAAGCGGCAAAGAAUUUAAUCCCUUGUGUUUUGGAAUUAGGUGGGAAAUCACCAACUUUCAUCACUAAGAGUUUCUCAAGGAAGAAUUUGAAAACCGCCCUACGAAGAAUAUUUUUUGGUUCAUUUGGUAAUUCUGGUCAAAUUUGCGUGGCCCCUGAUUAUUUAGUGAUACAUGAAUCACUUUAUGAUGAAGCAAGGGAAAUUGCUAAGGAGUUAUUGAAAGAAACAUUCCCAUUGAUUACGAAAGAUGCAGAAUAUACUCAUAUGAUUAGUGAAAGAUCGUAUAACAAUGCAUUAAAGAAAUUGGAAAAUACUCAAGGCACUGUAUACCAAUGCGAAUCAUCUUUAAAUUCAGAUUCUUUAUGUAUUCCACCCACUUUAAUCUUUGACUGUAACUGGGAUGAUACGACCAUGUUGGAAGAGAAUUUCUCACCUAUUUUACCAAUAAUAAAAUACACGGAUUUGGAUAAAACGUUGGAUACGAUUAUUGAUAAAUAUGAUGCUCCAUUAGUACAAUAUAUCUUUUCAAGUUCAAAAUCGGAAAUAUCACAUAUCUUAAUGCGUUUGAGAUCAGGCGAUUGUAUAAUAGGUGAUACAUUAAUUCAUGUUGGUAUUAAAGAUUCUCCAUUCGGUGGAAUUGGUCAUUCAGGAUAUGGUAAUUAUGGUGGUAUAUAUGGAUUCAAUGCAUUUACUCAUGAAAGAACUAUUUUCACUCAACCAUUUUGGAUGGAUUUCGUAUUAAGUAUGAGAUAUCAACCUUAUAAUAAAGAAAAACAAAGUUAUUGA